AUGGGCAUCAAAUUAGCACGACUAUCUGAUCUUCAGAUCAAGAUUCCGGACGGGGACUACAAGCGACAAGCCUCCAACCUACAGCAACAGUACUUCAACAUUACACAGCUUACCAUAAUAGCACUUUACAAUGUCUUGAGUGACGGCUUCGGCAUAAUUCGUAAUUACAAUGCCAUUGAGGAUCUUUCCAGGCCAUAUAUUGACAUAUCAUCCACAAAGCUCAUGUAUCCAGCAUUGGGAAUGGGCCAGCCAAAUGCUGGUCUCAUGUCUGGGCUUGGGAGAUCGAACGAUAUCCCAUCAACCAUAAAUAACGUCGCACUCAGCCUGACGAAGUGGAUACGAGAUCGAGAGCUGGAGACAAGUCCAAUGAGAGGGAAGCCACACGUAUGGUUAUCAUUACACAUGUUCGAUGGAAUUGCUUGUGGUUUCCUGGUGCAAGUCUGA